AAUACUCUUCCACCUCCGCAUCCAUCAGAUCGUGGCCCGGACGACUGGACACCAUAUGCUAAUCGAGUUGAUUUUGAAGUCGCAGACUUCCUCUACCAUCACAACCAGAUGUCGGGGGGCGAUAUUGACUUUAUAUUCAAUCUGUGGGCCGCCUCAUUAGCAGCUCACAGUAAAACUCCACCCUUCGCAAACCACGUUGACAUGUACAAUGUCAUUGAUUCGACACAUCUAGGAGAUGUCCCCUGGCAGAGUUUCACUUCAGAAUAUAAUGGCACUCUACCUGAAGAUGAUGUUCCACCAUGGAUGACAUCCGAGUAUGAUGUAUGGUUCCAGGAUCCU